AUGAAGGAAGAUGGUGUAAACUCUGCGAAUCCCAAACCACAUUCUGUUUCUUCUCCUCCAACUCAUGCUGCAAGUUCAGCCGGAGCGUCAUCUCCGGCAUGCGACCCUACCGGAGAGGGUAUCCGGCGCUACAAAUCGAGCGCGGAUUCGUACAUGGUCAUCGGUUCGGCAUUGCAAGGUGCUUCAAUUCCUUCCUGUAGACCCUGGGAACGCUGCGAUUUGCUUCGUCGGCUUUCCACUUUCAAGCUCGCUGGAAAAUUGCCAAAGGUUGCUGGUCCUUUGGCUUGUGCCAAGAGAGGGUGGGUGAAUGUUGAUGUUACUAAGGUUGGGUGUGAAUUAUGUGGUGCUCAGUUAGAUUUUGCGUUGCCCCCAGCUUCCUCUGUUGAAGCUGAUGCUUCCAUUGAAGAACUUUCUAAACAGCUUGAUAGAGGACACAAAAUCAACUGUCCUUGGAGAGGUAAUAGCUGUCCAGAAAGCUUGGUGCAGUUCCCUCCUACUUCACCUUCAGCUCUUAUUGGAGGUUUCAAGGACCGGAGUGAUGGACUCUUGCAGUUCUACUCUCUUCCCAUUGUAUCUAUGUCUGCAGUUGAGCAGAUGCGGAUUACACAUGGCCCUCAAAUUGAUAAUUUUAUUGCUAAAUUGCAAAUUCACACAUCUGGAGAAUUGGGGUGCAGAGUAGAAACCAGCUUUACUGGAGACCAGGGUCCUCGUUCUUACUCAUAUGCUCAAAAGCUUAUAAGUCUAUGUGGAUGGGAGCCAAGGUGGCUUCCUAAUGUGCUUGACUGUGAAGAACAGUCUGCUGAAUCUGCUAAAAAUGGUUACAAUUCUGAUCCUACCAAAGGCUCUGUACCAGAUCCUACUUCAAGCAAGAAGGAGUUUUCAACUUCGUCCAGAAAAGAUACUGGGGAUAAUGAUGUACCGGGUUCAGAAUUUAAUUGUGAAUCUAGGUCACCUUUGUUAGAUUGUAGCUUAUGUGGAGCUACAGUUAGAAUAUGGGAUUUCUUAGCUGCCUCCCGCCCAGUUCAUUUGACUCCCUGUGGGACCGAUACCCCUCAAACAAGCAAGAAAAUAGCAUCAACACGGGGAAUAAGUGCAGCUAGUGGCAUCAAUGAGUGGGCUGCUGCUGGAAGUGUUGAGAAAGAGAGAACUGGAGACCGUGAUGAGGCGACAACAUCUGAUAAAAGGAUAUUAGUAUCCAAUAAAGGUUUGGAUUUAAAUCAUAAAAUGGCUAGUGGGCCAGGCCGUUAUCUAACCAAUGUUACAUCAACCUUAGAUCAUGUGCGAUGUGCUGGUGAAGGAAGCAGUUCAAGGAAUAGGCAGCCUUCUAGAAGUGAUAUUGGUGAUCUGGAAGCUUCUUAUGAAUCACAAGGUCCCAAUGCACGCAAGCGCAGGUUGGAUGGUUAUGAAACCAGAGCUGACAGGCCACAUCUAAGAGUGCAACAGGUUGAUAGUGCUGAAAGAACUGCUGCUAACCAUGAUAAUAAUGAAAUCAGGGGGGGUCAGCAGUUUUCAGCUGGCCCAUCAAAGCGUGCUCGCGAUACUAAACAUUUGGAAGCACCUCAGUUUUCAUUAAGAAAUCCUUCUGGUGCUGUACCUAACUAUUCAAUGGAUAUUCAAACAAAAGCAGAGGAAAACGCAGUAAACCAGUUGAACCCCGAAAAGGAUCAUGUUAUCAACAUGCCAUCUACUAGAGACUCCACUCAUGCAUCUUCUGUUAUUGCGAUGAAUAUGGUUUGUCACAGUUCAGAUGAUGAAUCAAUGGAAAGUGUUGAAAAUUCUCCUGCAGAUGUUAAUGAUGUAAAUUUCCCUUCUGUUGAUUUGAAUGAAACAUCAGAGUUGAAUAGCAGCUAUCAAGCGCAACAGAGUGCUAUUAUCCAACCACCUUUAGAAAGAUUAGGAGGAGAAACAGGUGUUAGCAGUUCAGAUGCUUGUGGGGAAGUUUUGAACACAGAGAUAUUGACUGCACAGGCUAGGGAUGGUCCUAGUUUUGGUAUUAGUGGCGGAAGUGUUGGCAUGGGUGCAAGUCACGAGGCUGAAAUCCACGGGACUGAUGUCUCAGUUCACCGAGGUGAUAGUUUGGGCGAUGCUGAGCCAAUUGACGAGGUCAUUGAAAAUCAGGGCCAAGUUAGUGAAUUUGCACCAAAUCAUGGAAAUAUUGGUGAUUUUGUGCCAGCGGAAAUGAGUCGAGAAGAUCCCCAAGGGGAUAGUCAAGCUGUGGUAUCUCAGUCUACUGCAAGGGCUGAUAGUGGCUCAAAAACUAUAGCUUCAACCAAGGUCGAGUCUGUUGAAAGUGGUGAAAAAACCAGUUGUAGCACGGGGAUGCUAGGCCUUGAAAAUGGUGCUCAUCCGUCCCUUUCUUGCAAUGCUGUUGUAUGUUCUGCCUAUGAAGUGUCCAAGGAAGAAGUUACUCAGACUAGGAAGGCAUCUUAUAUUGAUGAUGGGGCUCAUCCGUCCCUUUCUUGCAAUGCUGUUGUAUGUUCUGCCUAUGAAGUGUCCAAGGAAGAAGUUACUCAGACUGGAAAGGCAUCUUAUAUUGCUGAUAGUGAAUAUCAUGAAUCAGGAAAUUUAGAUGCCAAUAUUUUGGGAACUCCUUACAGAGACAACAUUAGUGGACGUGUUGAAUUUGAUCCAAUCAAGUUACAUAAUGACUACUGUCCUUGGGUGAAUGGGGAUGUUGCGGCUGCUGGCUGUGAUAGUCCUUGUUCCACUUCUGAUGUGGGUACAACAGCUCUUUGUGGCUGGCAGCUGACUUUGGAAGCCCUAGAUUCUUUCCAGUCACUUGGGCAUCUUCCAGUGCAAACUCUGGAAUCCGAGUCGGCAGCAUCCAUGUGCAAGGGUGACUGGUUUACUUCCAGCCAGAAAUUGUUAGCGCGCAACUCCUAUGUAAGAAACGGGGGGAGAAACUAA